GAUUUUAAAAUUAAAAAUAAAUAACAAAUGUUAACACAUUUUGCCGCAUUUUUUAAUAAAUAAAUUGAUUCACUGAUUAUGGCUAAAGUGCAAAGUUUAUUAACCCCCUCAUCGAAUCUUGCCGGUAAACAGCAUCAACAUCACAAAAAACUCUUAAAUACAUCGGCUACGGACACAUUAGUCGUUGAUCACCCGUCAGUUUAUUGCUGUCAUUGCCUGUGUCAGCCGUUAAGUAAUGACAGCGUUACGAAUACUUUACGCUCAAGCUCAGCUUCGUGUUCUUUAUCCCAUAUCUCUUGUAAUUCUAACUCUUGCAUUCAAUCCGAUAAUGAUGCACAACACUCCUGUGAAAUAUCUCGAUUAUUGCCAGAUAUUGGUUCAGUUAACUUUACCUGCCAUCAUCAACGCAUUACUAAUGGCUUAUCAUUGUCCACUUCACAGUUGUCUAAAAAUGAAGACAACGCCUUGCGUUAUUCAUAUAAAGGUAUACCGCCGGAGUUGUAUUCAGCUAAAAAAGAAUUUAUUUAUACAAGACCGCUUGUGGAAAAACAGCUUGUUCUUAAGAAAACUUGCGAAUGGUGGUUUUAUAAAACUAAAUGCAACAGCAUGUCGACGCAUUGGAAGCAGAAUGCAUUUCUAAUACUCACCACCUGCAUACUCAUUCUAUUAGGUCUGAUAAUAUUUCUAUGUUUGCCCGUCAACGAGAAUACGGAAAUGCAACAACCUGCCCUAACAAAACAAACCACACAUCUGUUAACUACAACAGCAACAACAACAACAACAGAUCAAAUAAAUUAUAAUAAUAAUAAUAAUAAUAAAAGCGAUAACGAUGGCAGCUAUAAAAGUCAGACAACAAUGUCAGCAACGACAUCUGGAUUUUAUGAUUUAAAUGAUUUGCAAACAUCAGAUAUAAAUCAGACAAUCGAGAUGGGCGAUGAAGAUUGGAGUACGGAAGAAGACGAUAUGGAAAACGAUAUUGAACAUAUCAAUAACAGUAUACCGGAAGAAUUGGCCAGUGAUUACGUUACACCGAUAAAAGUCGACAAUUUUAGUUUGAAUGCUGAUGACUUACUAUAUGAAUCGAAACGUAAUUUAAACAAUAACAACAACAAAGAUUAUUUUUCUGCAUUUAGUGCAACGGGUACAUUUCGUAGUAAAUCUAGUCAAAUAUGGGAUCCACAUCCAGAAUAUAUAUUAAAUACAUUCGGGCAUCGUUUACAUUUGAUAUUACAUCAAGAUACAUCAUUUAUACCACCAAAAACAUUUAGGGUCAUUAAUAUUUUAAAUAAUCGUACCGAGGAGGAGGAACAAGAAGAAGGUCAUUACUUGGGUUGCUAUUAUAAAGGACACGUCGAAGGCGAUGAACAGUCAGCAGUGGCUGUGUCACUAUGCCACGGUAUGACCGGUUAUAUAAAAACAAGUUUCGGUUCAUUGCUAAUACAACCACUCAAUCAAACGUAUGAUUCCUCUUCGCUAAAUAUUUCUGCCGCUGCCGCUGCCACUGCCGCUGCCGUUAACGGCGGCUCUUCAACCACCUCAACGUCAUCCGAGAUUGUACACAAAGUGUGGCGACAUUCGCGACGCAAUGCCAGACACGCUGUCUCCAUGCUUGAUAAUAAUGAUUUCGAUUUCGAUUUCAAUCAACUCGAGCAAAAUUUCUUGCCGAAAUUGAAGCGUAGGAAACGUGACUAUGAGGAUCGUCACUUAUUCACCAUUGAGUUACUUGUGGCUGUCGAUCGUACAAUGAUCGAAUUUCAUAAACACGACUUGAAUUCGUAUAUAUUAACCUUAAUAUCGAUCGUAUCGAAUAUAUUUGCCGAUGCCAGCAUCGGUAAUUCGAUAUAUAUAUCGGUGGCUAAUAUAUUGGUUUUGCAUGAUUACAAGAGGGCACGAAGGCGCGGUCCUGCUACAACGGCCUCACAAUCGUUAAAAGAUUUCUGCUCGCAUGUAACCACCCGCGGUUAUCACUACGAUACCGCUAUGCUUAUAACAAGAGAUCAGAUAUGUCGGAAAGAGCGUGAAACGAAAUGCGAUACCUUGGGAUUAGCUGAGCUAGGAACGGUUUGUCGGCGCUCCUCGUGUUCUAUAGUGCAAGAUAAUGGCUUACCGGCAGCCUUUACUAUAGCCCACGAACUGGGACACAUUUUAAAUAUGCCGCACGAUGACGAUGAUCGUUGUAAAAAAUUCAAUUCAAAGCCGGGAACGAAUCGUAAAUUACACAUUAUGUCAAGUGUUAUGGGCGACGAUAUACAUCCCUGGUCUUGGUCGGAUUGUUCGCGUUACUAUGUCUCCGAGUUCUUAGAAAAAGAAGACAAAACUUGUUUAGAAGAUACGCCGACCAAAUUCAUACCUAAUUAUAAUACACGUUUGCCGGGUGAGAUUUAUUCGCUGGAUCAUCAGUGCAAGCUAAUACAUGGCAAUCAAUCACGCUAUUGCCAUAUAGAGACCGAUUGCAAGCGAUUGUGGUGUAAAACACAUGACAAUAAUUCUGAUUGUCGUUCAAGUAAUUUGCCAUGGGCCGAUGGAACUCCUUGCAAUGGUAUGCAUUAUUGGUGCCAGAAGGGUGAAUGCGUGCCCCGCGAAGGUAACACAAGGCAAGUUAUAAACGGUGGCUGGGGCUCUUGGACGCCAUUCACUCCGUGCAGUUUGACUUGCGGCGGUGGGGUGCAAGAGAGUCAACGCGAAUGCAAUAAUCCCUUACCGAAAAACGGUGGUAAAUAUUGCACAGGAGCUAGAAAGAAGUAUCGGUCGUGUAAUACGCAAAAUUGCCCAACCGGUUCAAUGGAUGCUCGCGAACAGCAAUGCUAUCAAAUGAAUGGACGAGAUUUUGGCAUAAAAGCUAUAGGUGUGCAUACGAAAUGGAUACCAAAAUACGGUUUGCCGCCUAAAGAAAAAUGUAAUUUAUAUUGCCGGGCCGAGGGCAAUACCGGUUAUUUUCGUUUAUCAGAGAAAGUAAUAGAUGGCACCACCUGCUCCUUUGAUAGUUUUGAUAAAUGCGUUAACGGCAUUUGCCGGCCGGCUGGCUGCGAUAACGAGCUGAAUUCAUUAGCGAAACUGGAUAAAUGCGGAAUUUGUGAAGGACGAAACGAUACAUGUGAAGAAUAUACCGGCAAUUUUUAUGUCUCCGAUUUGUAUCGCGUACAACCAAAAUAUAAAACUUAUUACUAUCAUGUGAUUACAAUACCAAAAGGUGCCUCUAAUAUCGUUAUCGAACAGCCUGGAUAUCGUGAUGAAAAUUAUAUAGUAUUGCGUGAUGAUCAGGGCAAGUCAUUGUUAAACGGUGAUAAUGUCAUCAUAGCAUUUCGUAAUGUCAGCUAUUAUGCGGGUGUCGCUUAUGAGUACAAUGGCUCGAAAAAUCCUAUAGAACGUGUGAAUACCACAUAUACGAGAAAAUUGAAAAGAGAUCUGGUUGUGGAGAUUAUCUCGAUGAUUACGAAUGCUCAUAAGGAUAACGAGACAUUACUUAUGACUUACACGUACACUAUGGAUAAAACGAAUUAUCUCGAACAUGAAGUAGAGAUUUAUCGCUGGGAAAUGCAACAAUGGAGUAACUGUGAUGCCUUGUGUCAUGGCAGCAUGUAUCGUUUGCCGGUAUGCGUUAGCACAAUACAAGCUUUGAAAGUCGCGCCACAAUUCUGCGAUCCGUCAGCUAAACCUAAUGCGGAUUAUAGAGUCUGUAACACGGAAUGUUUGCUAACGUUGAAUGUUACCAGCAUUUCGGAGUGCUCGUCAUCGUGUGGCUUACUGGGCACGAGGGAGAAAACUUAUCAUUGCAUACAAAAUCUUCCCGAUAUGGGGCGCUCUAACAUUGUGGAUUUAAAAUAUUGUGCCUCGAAGUUUGAGUUCGACGUUCAUGAGGAGUGCCGCGAAGGUUGUUGGCGCUAUAAGGAGUGGACACCAUGUUCGAAAACAUGCGGUCUUGGCGUACAAACUCGUAGUAUAGCCUGUUAUUUUAAUCAAACUUUUGUGCCCGAUGAGUACUGCAAUUUAAAGACCAAGGCUAACUAUAGGGAGACAACACGCAUUUGUAAUCAAGAGAACUGUCAGCAAAGCACUGCCGUAACGAAAGUUUCCCGUGCUGCUUUAAGUCAGCAUUUUGCCUAUAAUUGGUGGACUAGCGAUUGGGGUGCAUGCGAUGCAAAUUGUGAGAAGAAUCGUACUGUUGUGUGUCGUAACCCAUUCGGCAACGCCUGUCCUGCGGAUAAAAAGCCUCUUAGUAAACGUAAAUGUUGCGCAAUAAAAUAUGUAUCAAAUUGGUCGAACUGUUCAGUGCAAUGUGGCAACGGUGUACGACGCAAGGAGCUGCAUUGUGCUCGUGUCUAUAAACCGGAAAUUAAAGGUACACCACGUCGACGCGAGUUCAUAGACUCGUCUUAUUGCCGUCAUUUGCGUGUGCCGAAACCGAAACGUACCCAUAAAGUGUGCAAAAUUAGCUGCAAAUGGUCCGUAACUAAUUGGAGUCCAUGUCAAGCCGAUUGUUCAGACGACUAUCAAUCACGUUCGGUAUAUUGCGAAUCGGCCUUUGGUAAUCCAAUUAAUUUGACAAACUGCGACGAAUCAAAGAAGCCGCCUGAACGUAAAAUUUGCAAUAAUUGCAUUAAACGGGAAUACAAGACGUUAAGUGAUUGCAAUUGUGAAGGUAACCGUCGGCGGCGUAUGCUCUGCUAUGAUUCACAAAGACGUCGUUUGCCUUGUCCAACUAAGGAGAAAAUCUUUCGAGAAAAAUGCACACCGCCGCGUCAUUGUCAUCCUACUUCGUGUUAUGAUAUAAGACGAUUUUUACGCACCUAUGAAGAUCGAGAAUACACUAUAUAUGUGCGUUCAAUGCCAAAGAAGAUUUAUUGCCAUGAUAUGAGUACAUCGCCGAAGGAAUUUGUAACGGUAAAUGCUACCGAAAAUUAUUCGAUAUAUUAUGAUAAUAAAACUUAUCAUCCGGAUAAAUGUCCGCCUGAGUCCAGAGAUCUUGAGUUUUCGGAUAAAAGUUCAAAUCCAGGACGUACCAGUUUUCGCAAAAUACGUAUCGAUUUAACGACAUUGCGAAUAGAUGAAAAUGACUUUACUUUUGCCGAGAGCAGAGGACGACCACAAUCGUAUGGUUCGGCUGGUGAUUGCUAUAAUCGACGAAAAAAUUGCCCGCAAGGUGAUUUUUCAAUCAACUUAGAGCAUACGGGAUUUCAUUUAAGGCACGGGACAGUCUGGGAGCCCUAUGGUCAUCACGUGGUAAUGAAGGAAUCAAGUUCGAAUUCACGUAUGUCGUACCGGGCUUUAUGUGGUGGCUGGUGUGGUGGUUGCCGAAUAGCUGGCAAUUCUGCUUUAUAUUUGGAUGUGUGAUGCGAACGAGUUAACAACAACAGUUGUUAUAGCUAAUUGUGUUAUAGCCGUUGCUCUAUCAAAAAAUUGCAAUUUAUAUCUAACUAUGGUGCUAAAACUGCUGUUUUAAUUGCGUUUCGUUGCUUAUUCUACAAGCAAUUGAAUGCAAAUUUUGUAUCUUAUGCAUUUAUACCGGGUAAAACGAAAAAAAUAUACUUCAAGAAUUUCAACUUCCAUUGACAGAGUUACAAAUCGUACAAAAACCGUAACUCUUCUCGCAGCUAAAUGAGAAUGAUGGCGAGCGAACGAGAGAGGGAAGCUCAGAGCCGACAAUAGAAUUUCUUGAAUGAAAUCCACAAAAAUCACAUAAAUUAAUAAACACAUUUAGCUCUGAAUCCUGACAGACAGAGAGGCAGAAUGAAAGAGAGAGAUAGAUAAGGAAAGUGUUAACUUACAGAUAUCUCUCAUCAUAUAACGCGGAUCAAUGAGUAGCAAAAUAAAUCAAAAUCGUUUAACACUUGUUAAGCAUACAACAAUGAGUGUAUUUUAGUUUACACGUAUAUAUAUAUUUUUU